AUGGGAAAAGUACAUCGUAAAGAUUAUUUUAUGCGAAACAACCGACAACGGUCAUUAGCAAAACGUCGACGCGAGCAACAACUGGUUCAACAGCAAAAGCAAGCGUCAGUCGAGAGGGAAGACUUGCUCGGCCCCGAAUAUUUGAAAAAAACUAUUGACAAGAAAGAUAAACCUUUGGGCAAGUUACUUAAAUGGAAAUUACUUCGAUAUUUUCGUUUCUUUGAUGUUUAA